UCCUUUCUUUUCCCCUUUUCCCAAAACAUUUCCUGCGAAUUCCAUACGGUGUACAACUGUUUUCGGGCAGCACAUCUGAUUCCCCCUUUAUUGCUCUCUUUUCACUCCUUAGCAUUCACUUCAGAGCCUCAGAGGAACCUUUCAUAAUUUGGGUUUGAGAUAAGGUCCUUGCAGCUAUGAUGGACACAGAGUCUGUUGACGAACUUCAUGUUUCGGUUAUCGACAACGAUCCUGGUUGCAGUGAUGAGGCAGCAUUAACUGAUAUUGGGACAUCGGAGUAUGUCGCUUCUGAGAAAGACGUGAUACAAGAGGUUGGCAUUGAGGUUAUGCUAAGCGACAAAGGAACACCGAUGGAUGUUUCAUCAGAGAAAGAGCAAACACGAGAGUUUGGCAUUGAGACUAUGUCAGCUGAUAACGGGACAUCAGAGGAUAGUACUUCAGAGAAAGUGAACGUGCGAGAGGUUGACAUUGAAGAAAUAUCACCCGAGAAAGGGUUAUCCGAGGUGGUACGAGAGGGUGGGAGUGCUCUUAUUAGACUCGAGCUUGAUAUAGCUUGUUGUUCGGAGAAAUUGGUUAAUAUGAAUUUACUUAUGAUGCAUGUAGCGGCAAGAGAGAGUGACUUUGAAGUAUUUGCUUCAGAACAAUCAGAUUCAUUGAUGGAUUCUGAUGAGAAGGCAAUGGAAUUUGACAUCUUGUCAGGAAUAUUUGAUUCAGAAGUCAGGGAAAUGGGUGGCUUAAUCCAUAGAUUAGAGAUAGAGAUUAAUAAUAUUAGUAAAUUAAUUUCUUCGCACCGACAUCUAGGAGCAAUCGUUUUGGCAUUGGAAGAGAAGUUACAGGAUGCUAAAGAGUCAGUAACGCAAUCACACGAACAAAUCACGGAAUUGCUGAUGCAAUCUACCAAGUUCCAGAAGAUCUUAUCAAGUGUUAAUCAAGAGGAGACCUCUGAAGACGACGAAGAAUCAAUUUUCUGUAUCGACUUUUUCAACACAACUACGAAACUAAAUGUGCAAACAUCUGAACAGCAGCGACAUCUGCUGAAAAUGCUGGAAAAGUCAUUGGAAAGAGAACUUGAACUGGAAAACGAGUUAAAAGAAUGUAAGCAAUCCUUGAACGAGAUAAAAAACGCAUCUCAGAUGAAAAUUUCGUCCGCUGAAGAAGCAACAGCGGCCGCAUUUGCCUAUUUCUUGGAGGCUGACAGUGCAUCAGCUGUGCUUUUGGGGAUUUCAAAAGAAUUGAUCGGUAAGCUCCAAUUAUAUCAAUUCCAAAUAAACAGUUCAUUGCACCGAGAAAAUGAAAUGUUCAAUGAGCUCGAAAAAUGCGCACACGCUGUUCAAGAUUUGGAGAAAAAAGAGGCUGCUAUGCAAAAAACCGCGGUGCAAAAUAGUUUGGAGGCGUCGACUUUAAAGGCAAAGGUGAGUUCCCUAGAAGAGCAGCUUAAAGCCUCGGAAUCUAUGCUGAUAAAUGGAAAUGCUUCUUUGGAUGACAAGAGUGAACGAAAUGAUAUUGAGGAAUUGGAAAAGAGAAUUUUCAUAGUGGAAAGCCGGGCUCAGAAAGCCGAAGAUUACGUCAAGUCACUAACCGAAGCUAAUAAGAAGCUUAUCGAGGAAAUGAAUUUUAUGAAAAAUAUGUCAAUUGAGAAGGUUAGUUCGUUAGAGAAGCAACUAAAGGAGACGGAUAUUCAGUUACAAGAGGCGAUUGCAUCAGUCGAAGCAAGUGAAGAGAAGCAAAAGAUGUUGUAUUCUUCUAUAAGUGACAUGGAGAUUUUGAUCGAGAAAUUGAAAUCAAAAGUUUUAGAAGCGAAUGAUCGUGCAGAUAGUGCAGAAGAUAAAUGUAUUAUAUUAUCGGAAAGUCAUGCAGCGCUUAGUGAAGAGCUGACGUUUCUUAGGGGUAAAUUGGAAUGCUUGGAGGCUUCUUUGCAACUAGCGGAAGAAACGAAACAGGCAGCUACGGUGGAUAUAACUAUGCGCACGAAAGUGAUUACGGAUAUGGUCGUGCAGCUGGCCGUUGAAAGAGAACGCCUUCACAAACAGAUAUCGAUGUUGAUGAUGGAAAAUAGAGUGCUAGUAGAUAAAUUACACACGACAAACAUAGUCUCAUCCAACUCUACGAACCACAAAGGCAGAGAAACUGAGAAAGGAGUCCUAUCUUCUGACCGUCCCGAUGAUGAUGAGAAGGGAAAUAAAGAAGAGUUGGAAGCCACAAAGGUCGAGAAGUCUAGAGACGAUAUUUUGGACGGCGAAUGCAAUUUGGAACCGCAAGAUUUGGACUCCAAGCUUGAAACGGUUAGGACAAUCGAUGCGAGGCAGCUUAAUGUCAAGUAUGUGUUCUCUGCAUGUCUUAUAGUGCUGAUUGCUGUUCUGGUAGUGUGCUUUGUUCAACCCGUAAACCGCCCAUUUUAGUGAUAACCUUGGUUGAGUUUUGCAUCCCAGAAAUUGUAAUGUUUGAUGGAUUUUGUAGUAAGUGUUGCAAUGGUAGAAUCUUACACAGGUUAGUUGUCAUUUCUAGCUCUUUAUAGUAAAAAUUAGUGUCAAAUAUCAAAGUAUACAUAGGUCAUAGCCUCAUAAGUUAUAUAUGAUCCAAUUUUUUGUUGGGAGGAAGUUGAAAAUCCAACUUUUUUUUAGUUCAUAAACAUUUGUAGCAAUCAAUAUGUAUUAAGUGUUAAUUUUACACUAUGUUUUUUUAAAUUUGCUAUAUUACGCAAAUUAAAGUUUUUUUGGAUAACGUUGUUUCCAUCUAUGUUUCUUUGUAGUCAGCAAAUAAUACAAUUCAUUGAAAAUAAA